AUGUUUCCAGUUGAGAAGUGCUACAACAAGAAGGUGCCUUGCACGGCUGACGAGCGCUGCGAGGGUCGUCCGUCCGGCCCCGUCUGUAUUCCCAUUGAGAAGUGCUACAACAAGAAGGUGCCCUGCAAGGCUGACGAGCGCUGCGAGGAUCGUCCGUCCGGUCCCGUCUGUAUUCCCAUUGAGAAGUGCUACAACAAGAAGGUGCCUUGCACGGCUGACGAGCGCUGCGAGGAUCGUCCGUCCGGCCCCGUCUUCCCGGAGACCUGCGCCAACAAGAAGGUCCCGUGCCGUACUGGCUACAAGUGCGAGGACCGUGCCUCCGGCCCGACCUGCGUCAGAGUUCCGGAGACGUGCGCGAACAAGCGCGUGCCCUGCCGGCAGGGCCUCAAGUGCGAGGACCGCCCCACAGGCCCCGUCUGCCUGCCCGAUCGCAGGACGUGCGCUGACAUCAAGUGCUCCGCCGGAGAGCUGUGUAACGACCUUCCUGACGGACCGGACUGUGUGCCCGACGUGCCGUCGUGCCAGGGCUUCUUCUGCCGCCGCGGCACCAACUGUUACAUCCGUAACGGCUCGCCCACCUGCCUGCCCAACACGUGUGAGGUGCGCGAGUGCCGUCCCGGCCUCACCUGCAUCGACACGCCCAGCGGUGCCCUCUGCCGGCGCGGAACGGUGUCCCGCAGCUGCACGGGCAAGUACUGCCCGAGCAACUCGAGGUGCGACGAGAGUGGACCUACGGGCGCCCACUGUGUCAAGAUCUAAGCGUCUGGCUGCUUGAAAGAGGUGGUGCUGCUCCCCAGCAGACGACCCCCUGCUGCUGCCACCGGCCAGCACAGCCCAGCUACCAUCUCCUCCAAACGACCUCAGUCGAGGUCCGCAAAACUAACUGUAACUUAAAAUGGACAGCUUCGAUAGCAAAUAUACAAAAACUGUUUGGGCCAUGUGCCUCCAUCUUGGGACAUGUUGCCUUGCUUCGCUCUCCGAUGGACGGCUCGUGUAAAGAUGUGUCACAAAACGGAAAACUGAGCGCCAUCGCAUGCCGUUAAGUGGUUUAGCUCCCACAAAUGCGUCGAAAUACAUAAAUGCAGUGGAAUUUAUCGUUUCUCUUCCAUU